AUGUCUACCAAGCUGGACAAGUCUCUCGACGAGAUCCUCGUCAACCGUCGUCAAAACGCUCGCCGCCGCACUCGUCGACCAGCUGCUUCAAAGCCUGGCAGUGCUGCCGUUCCAGUUGGAGGAGUGAAGAAGAAUGCAAAGGCUGCCAAACCUGUUGCAAAGGGCGCUCAGGGUGGACACCCGGUCGCAACAGAGAGCAAGAUCAUGGUCAGCGGCUUGCCCUCUGAUGUGAAUGAGGCCAAUAUCAAGGUAUGUUGA